AUGUCACCAAGAUACAAGCACUUUGACGCGAUUAUAGUAGAGAUAAAGCCUUCUCUUGCAGGCGGCGAUCAGGGAGUUUCGCUUGAGAUGCUA